UGCCAGACGCCUCUUGCGACAGUCGCUGCUCUACAUUGCUCGACAUACUGAUAGCUUGCUUAUGAGGAAGAAAGUGGCUCUCGCCUGGUGAAGAAAGAUCAAUGCAGCUGUUCAGACGCACAGAUCAGGCGGACGAGGAGGUCAACGACAGGGGUGAUCAUCUUAGUCAUGUAUCUGGCGGCACAACGCAGGCCGACGCGAGCUGCAACCAUUGUCCUGGGAGGAUCUUCGGCAAGACGUACUGCCGCAUUGUCCUUGUACACUGUCUGGCCGGGACAAGUGGAUGGCGUCGGGUGCUAUGCCGAGUGCCGGGUGUCGCGGCUGUAAGAGGGGCAGCAAAAAGUCGGGUCCUGGGUCCUGUGGCACUGCUUGCGGGGCACCGUGAUGCCCCGCACUCUAAUCGACCCUUUCUCGAUUGCUCGCAUCCCACUGCACCUGGCCCUUCGUCAGGAACCGGGUGGCAGCGCGCCAGGGCAGGCCCACCUGGCAAGAGCGCGCGUCGGGCACGCCAAUGCCUUCGACCCGAAACCGCCCGAGACCCCCGCAUUGGCAGGACCCACUUCCGCCUGAAGCCUUCUUAAGUAGCCCAGGAUUGCAAAGCUUGCCCGCCUUCCCCUUCUUCACUUCUCCUUCGUACCGAGUCACCCUUGACGACCAACACCACCACUCAUCCACUCCUCGUGUCAUAGCCCAAUAUCACCUGUUGCAGCUU